AGCUCGUUGAAGCCAAAAGACGAAAAGAGUUCAAUGACAUCUUGCAGUGGAUCAUUGACCAUGACCCUUCAGUUCAACGCAAACACGUUCUAGAGAAACUCGGGGAAACGUACUCAGAUAUCGGAGAAUGGCUCUUUCAACAUGAGACUUUUACAUCAUGGCUUGACAGUGACGAUAGCUCAAGCAGCCAAUAUGGCCUUAAACUCUUGUGGAUGCACGGUCCAGUCAUAGAGUGCUUUUUAGAGUCAAGUUCCGUUCCCAAGAACCAUGAACAACAAGUCUCCUAUUUCUACUGUGCAAAGACACAUGGCUUAGGAAGCAAACCGAUAGAACUUUUUCAGUCCAUGGUACGACAGCUAGCCUGGUUACCGAAAGAUUCCCAGAUAGAGCAAUACAUCAACGAUGAGUGGAAACGGCGACAGGCCUCCAAAACAGAUCGUCUUUCUCUAAAUGAUUGCAAGAUGUUACUUUUGCGACUCAUUCCACGAGUUCGAAAGACAAUCCUUAUUAUCGAUGCUCUCGACGAGUGUGACAGUCCACGAGAUGUAUUUAUCUCCAGUCGGGAUGAAGUUCAUUUCGAUGUUCAUACGACCUUUUCUGAUUACCUAGCCCUCAAUAUUACUUCUACUGCGACUGGCCCAGAUCUUCGUCGUUACAUUGAACGUCGUGUCGACGACGAAUUUAAACACUUCCGGCAGGUUACAGAGUGGGAAGACCCCAGUAUCUUACAACGCUUAGUUGAUGAGUUGACCGAUCGCGGGCAGCUUGCUUUCCGGUGGACAGAGCUUCAGCUAGCUUUGUUCUUUCCAUCUGGCAGACCCCCUAAUCCGAUAGACAUCAAAAGACGUCUCGAAAGGCUGAAAAACAGAACUGGCCUACUAGAUCUCAACAACACCUACAAGGAAAUCUAUGAGCAUAACAUCUCCGAUUCGUUCACCCGCAAAGACGACUUGCACUUUCUUUUGAAGUGGUCUCUAGCCUGCAUACAAAACGCCCAUAUCAGACUGCUCACGGACGCUCUCAAAUUUCAUUAUGAGCAACAAGGAGAGACAACUGGUCAUAUUAACUAUAACUACAUUCUCAACUUGGCCAGCAACCUGCUUGUUAUAGAUGAGCAUGACACGGUACAGUUUGCUCAUAUCUCAGUUAAGGAAUAUUUCCAACUCACUACGGAUUUCGCCAGCGAAUUCACAAAAGGAGAGACCAAUAAUCAGGUCGCUGAAACUUGUUUGCAGUAUUUACUAUCUUCGUAUCAGAAUUUUCCGUAUUAUGAUGUGUACGGUCAAAUGGAGGCCGAGUUUUUUCACUACUCGCUGACACGAUGGGCUUUGCACUACUCAAGAUCUGGGAAGACGUGUUCAUCCACCGUCCUUUUCAAAAAACUUAUACCAGGGGCAUCUGCUGGCAGUGAGUUUGCCGCAUGGGUGUUGGCAGGCAUAGACUGGCACGGGUUUUAUAUAGGUGACAUCAAGGAUGCUCUAUCGAGGCCCCUUGCCCUUUUUUUCUAUCAUAACCCUGAGCAGCUCAAAGCAUUGAAUCUUAACGGCUGGAAUGGACUACAUCUCGCAGCUUAUUACAACCAAUUACACGUCGUCGAAGCACUCAUACGCACAGAUAUAGACAUCAAUCUUCGAAUUGAUGAUAAGGAAAGACGGACUGCUUUACAGCAAGCAGUAAUUCGCGGAAACACAGAGGUUGUCAGAUUCCUCCUGCUUGAACGAGAAGAUGUCAAUGUUAAUAUUCGCGAUAGAAGUGGACACUCCGCAAUUCAUCAUGCUAUAAACCAUGGACAUGUUGAAAUGGUUCGCUUCUUGCUGGAUUCCAGCAAGGAUCUUAAUAUCAAUUUACAGUUGGUUAUAGACUGGGUGUCAGACUUUCCUGGGCUGACCCCACUACACUUGGCAAUUACCAAAGGGUAUUUUGACAUCGUUACGAUGCUACUUGAAAAACGAGACGAUAUUCAAAUCAACGCUGACUCUUCUGAAGGGUCGCCAUUACAUGUGGCUGCCAGAAGGGGCUAUGUGGAUAUCAUUGAAAUUUUGUUCAGAGAACGGAAUGACAUCGAUAUACAUCAAAAAGACGAUGAUGGCUGUACAGCACUCCAUAUAGCAUCGGCGGAGGGGUUUGCCAGUGUAGUCAUGGCUCUCCUUGGGAAGGACAAUGCAUUUCAAGUAAACAGUGUUGACGACUAUGGUCGUACAGCAUUGCAUUGUGCGGCUCAACAUGGACAUGCCAAAGUCGUCCAGGUGCUGCUUAAUGAACGAGAUGACUUGGAUGUCGAUCUCCAAGAUAGGGAUGGCUGCACCGCACUUCAUUUGGCGGCUAAGUACGGUCAUGUAGCAGUGAUAGAGAACCUUCUUCACGAGCGUGAAAACAUUCAAGUCAAUACUAGAGAAGUUGCGGGGCGAACCGCACUGCAUUUAGCCAGCGAAGCAGGAAACGCCGAAGCAAUAUCAGCAUUGCUUAUGAAUGGCGUUUCUCUCGAGAUUAAUGUACAAGAUACUGAUGACUGUACUGCACUACAUCUAGCCUGUCAGAACCAUCGCUCUGAGGCAGUUAAAGCAUUACUAGAAGGAUGUGAGGAUCUCAAAGUCAACAUUAGGAACAAGGACGGCCAGACGGCACUUCACUUAGCCGUCAAGAAACUGUGUGAGGACAUAGUUGACGAAUUGGCUACGAAUCCGAAUGUUGACCCCAACAUCGCAAAUGACAAUGGGCAAACUGCAUUGCAUAUAGCCGCAUCAACUAGCAACGCCGCAGUGCUAGAGUCCUUGCUUAGGUUUUCUAGCCGCAUUGAUAUCAACGCACGCAACGAUAAACAACAAACAGCGUUGCACCUCACGUUAAGUUUCUCAACGUAUUUGGACUCAACGUACGUUAAGGGAUAUUAUGCUGCAAAGUGGCGACAUGAUUCAACGGAAUUUGUCCGGGUAUUACUUCAAAAUGGUAUUGAUACAACCAGUCAGGAUGGGGCGGGAAAGACAGCGCUCUAUAUUGCAGCUGAGGAAGGGCAUUCGGAGGCAUUCGCGAUGAUACUUGAAAAGUGCAAGGGCGCGAAUUUAAACGAACAAGAUGAGUUGGGAUGGACGAUGCUACACUGGGUAGCCAGCAAUGAUGCGAAGCCCAUUUUAGAAAGAUUGAUCCAACAAUGGCCUGAUUGUGUAAAUGUAGCGGACAAGUAUGGGAGAACGGCACCACAUAUAGCGUGCUCUGAAGGCCGCCUCGUAUCUGUGCAGGCCCUGCUCGACGGAAAAUCGACCAUUGACAUCAACAGAGUGGACAAUUUGAAGGGCUACACAGCUUUACAUUAUGCUGUCAGCACGAAAUCAACCCAGAUAGUGCGAGUCCUUCUUGAUACUCGGCCAGAUAUUGAUAUCAACUUAGCAAUUCCCAAUGGUCAGACGGCCAUUCAGAUGGCAAUAACAGAAAAGGACGUGAAAACCUUGCAGGUCUUGCUUGAUAAACGAGAAGAUAUUGAUAUUAAUCAUGUGGAUAACGAAGGCAAAACAGCUUUGCUUAUAGGCGCUUUGAGCUAUCAGUCGAGAUCAAUUUUUGCGCUACUAGAGAAUCGCUGCGAUCUCUCCAUCAAUGCAAAACUUGAAGAUGGGCGAACAGCAUUGCAUAUCAUGUUAGAAAAAGGACUCUUCUACAAACGGUUUGAUGAGACGUGCCAGAUAGUCAAAAUGCUUCUUGAAAGUUACAAAGAUGUUGUGGAGAUUAAUGCUCGUGACGUACAUGGGCGGACAGUCUCUCAUGUGGCGGCUCAAUUCGGCCGUUUCGAUGCACUGAAGACGAUGGUGGAGAUCUGCCAUGAUGUGAACCUUGAGAUGGCAGAUAAGGACGGCCGGUCAAUUUUCCACUAUGCAGCCUCCCGUGGGUAUAUGGAUGAUAUUGUACUCAGACUUGACAACCGUGAAGAAGCUGAGGGUGAUGAUGAAGACGAGGAUUUCGAUGAAGAUGAGAACGAAGAGAAUUCCGGGGAGGAGGAGGAUAGUACUGCUUCUGAAGGAAGUGACAGCGACUCGGACGAGCAAGAUGACCCGAAAUAUGACGGUAGAGGAGACCUUGUCACAGAACAAACUGUUCAGAUUAUGAGUCUACUCCUGGAGAGAUGCAACAACGCCAUAGUCAACGCCAAGGAUAAUCGAGGACUGACGGCAUUUCAUAUAGCAUCUCUUGCCUGCGAUGGCGGUAUCGUCGAGAAGCUGCUCAGCGACGACAGGGAAAUUGAUGUCAAUGCCCAGGAUAAUUACGGAUGGACCGCCUUGCACGUUGCUGUCUUUUACCGGCGUCCUAAAGUAGUGGAAACACUACUUACCAAAUGCACCUGGGAUAAUAUCAACAUCCAGGAUAACAAGGGGCAAACAGCAUUGCAUUUAGCUGCUUCAAAAGGUCGCGUCAAGCUAGUGAAAGCAUUACUUGAUAACAGAAAAGAUAUCAAAUUGGGUCUCAAGGAUGAAAAAGAGCGGACAGCAUUGGAUCUGGCUGAGGAAGGAAAUCAUGUCGAGGUUGUGAAUAUGCUCAAAGCGGCAAACGGGCAGAACCACUCGGGGUCAAUGGAUCUGGCUGAAGUAUGA